CCCUGUGGGUGAGUAGCAGAACUGGCUGCUGCUGACAAGCUCCAACAAUGGUCUUCAGUCAUGGAGGCUGGCCAUUGUGUAUCAAAAUGGAAAAGUGGGGUGCACCUGCAAUGAAAUUAGAGAUGCUUCUGAGAGGAUAUUUAAGAGAAAUUCGCGUUGCCUCAACAAUUAAGGAGAAGAGCCAGCAUCUAGGGUUCCAGGCUGUGAGGGGGAGUAGCAACUUGUACCAGCAGCAUAGCUCUGUCACACUUCUCAGCUGAGCUUGCUGGAGAUGAAGAGAGGCUUCCUUGACUCUUCAGAAAGAAAGAAGGUUGGAACAAACAAUUAGCAGAAAUAUUGAGGGAAUUGUAACACACCGUUUGAGAGCUGAGGAACACAUCAGUGAAAAUUCCAGUGUCAUAGUGUGGAUUUGAGGUUCCAAUUAAAACUGUGUUUGGGCCAUUGCUUUGCCUGCCAGUGCUUAAUCUUCUCCGAAAGCCUCAUCACUUAUCUAAAACAAAAGAAGAACGAGGAGAAGAAACUCCAUGGUUUGCAUACCAGAACUAUUCUGCUGCCUCCAGUUAGUGGAAGAGGAAGAAGUUGGUCCUGAUUCCCUGGUCCAGACCACCAAAGUGCUGCACGCUACAUAGAAAAAAGCUGUAUGGUCCUGCAUUGAACCUUGACAAUAAUGGUGUUCAAAACUUGAUACAUGGCUUAUAAAUGAUGAAACCAUAGAGAUCAUCACCAGAAGAUGAAGUUCCCCUGCACCAAGCCCCGGGACCGUUAAUGGAGGUGGCCACCGAAGAUGCCCACGUUAAUAAGCUCAGCUCGUGAAAGGAAAGCAGUCGAAGCACCAUCUAUAAAUCGACAGCUCUCUCCCAAGCCUUGAUCCUGCUAUCGGUCUUGUUUCCUCAGCAAUGUAAAUUAUUUAGAGGGAGGAUUUCUGCGUUGUUUCCAAACGCAGAGGCCCGUCGGUGGUUUCGUCUCUUUCCUCCACGCCCCUAAGAGAAGCCGCUGUCCAGCACGGCCGACCUGUCCCCGCGGGGCCGGGACAGCUGCUACCCCGACACGGGCAGACUCGACUCGCCUCACCUCCCCAGUUACUUCUCUAACUCUGUCGACGGCUUCUCGACUGAGAGCGCUCAGGCCGUGCCGCUUCAGCCACCCUCCCGCCCGGUGCCGCCUCCGCCCGCGAGGCAGCCCUGCCCGCCGCGCCCCGGCUCGAGCCCCCUGGCUCGAGCCCCCUCAACUCCCACAGCACAACCCGCGGUGGCGGCCGGCGCGAAGCGACUUGAGGCGCGGCGGCCGGCAACGCGCCUGCGCAGAUCUCCCGGGCAUGCUCAUUAACAGCGAAGGAGCCGAAAAGGGGAAAAAAAACGAGAAAAAAAAAAUCCACACACAAUCCAUCCUGAGAGCGUGCGGCGCCGCUGACACUACAGCCGCCGGAGAGGAGCGGCGGCAACAGCGGCGGCGUUACGCUGAGCCCGGCCCCGCUUCCUCUUCUGCCUUGGCUUCUCGCAGUCUGACGCGCCGCCGCCGUUAGCUGCGGGUCGAGCCGCGGCAGCAGGAGCCGGCGCCGUCCCCUUAGCGGGGCGGAGGGGCCGGGGCGGGCUGCGGGGGAGCCGCCGACAGCGGCAAUGUGGAUUUAUAUUCGCCCGCGCCGCAGCUGCUGGGGAGCAGGGCGCGGGCACCGCACCUAGAGGAGAUGGGAGAAGCCGUCGUCGGGGCUGAGCUUGAGCGCUGCUGAAAGUUCAGCCGGUGGCCGUGCUCGGACUAUUUCCUUAAGGAGUUCCAGGUGCUUGUUUUCAUGACUUGGAGCCUAUUUAAUCAGAGAUGGAGCAGAUGGACUGCAAACCCUACCAGCCAUUGUCAAAAGUUAAACAUGAAGUGGAUUUAACUUACACAAGUUCUUCAGAUGAAAGUGAAGAUGGGGGAAAGCAAAGGCAAUCUUAUGACUCAAGAGAAACUCUGAAUGAGUAUAGCCAAGAGCUAAGACUUAAUUACAACAGUCAUAGCAGAAAAAGAAAACCCAUCGACCAGUCCACACAAGACAUGGAAUUCUGUGAGACUCCCCAUAUUAUGUGCUCUGGCUAUCAGGCAGAUUUACAUGGUGUAGCUGAGCAUAGCUACCCUCUGGAGGUGGGCUCUGAUGUGGAUACUGAGACAGAAGGUGGUGCGUCCCCAGAUCAUGCCUUGAGGAUGUGGAUGAGGGGAAUGAAGUCGGAACACAGCUCCUGCCUGUCAAGCCGGGCAAACUCAGCGUUGUCCCUCACUGAUACUGACCAUGAAAGGAAGUCUGAUGGGGAGAAUGAUAUGCCAGGUAGCCCACAUAACCAGUUCACCUUCAGACCCCUCCCACCGCCGCCUCCACCACCACAUGCAUGCACCUGUGCCAGAAAACCACCUCCAACAGCUGAUUCUCUCCAGAGGAGGUCAAUGACCACCCGCAGCCAGCCCAGUCCUGCUGCCCCGACUCCCCCAACCAGUACUCAAGAUUCAGUGCAUCUCCAUAACAGCUGGGUCUUGAACAGCAACAUACCACUGGAAACCAGGCAUUUCCUAUUUAAACAUGGAUCUGGGUCUUCAGCUAUCUUCAGCGCAGCCAGUCAGAACUAUCCUUUAACAUCCAAUACUGUUUACUCUCCACCUCCUAGGCCUCUUCCUAGAAGUACCUUUUCCAGACCUGCCUUCACUUUUAACAAACCUUACAGGUGCUGCAACUGGAAGUGCACUGCUUUGAGUGCCACUGCCAUCACAGUCACCCUGGCGCUGUUGCUAGCCUAUGUUAUCGCAGUACACUUGUUUGGUUUAACCUGGCAACUGCAGCCUGUGGAAGGGCAGCUGUAUGAAAAUGGAGUUAGCAAAGGAAAUAAAGGAACAGAAUCCAUGGAUACUACUUACUCACCAAUUGGAGGAAAAGUUUCUGAUAAAGCAGAAAAAAAAGUGUUUCAGAAGGGACGAGCCAUAGACACAGGAGAAGUCGAGGUUGGAUCACAAGUCAUGCAGACCAUCCCCCCUGGUUUAUUCUGGCGCUUUCAGAUCACUAUACACCACCCUGUGUACCUGAAAUUUAACAUCUCACUGGCAAAGGAUUCUCUGCUGGGAAUUUAUGGCAGAAGAAACAUUCCACCUACUCACACUCAGUUUGAUUUUGUAAAGCUGAUGGAUGGAAAACAGUUAAUUAAACAGGAACCAAAAAACUCUGAGGAGCCUCAGCAAGUUCCCAGGAAUCUGAUCUUAACUUCGCUGCAAGAGACAGGUUUCAUCGAGUAUAUGGAUCAAGGAGCUUGGCAUAUGGCAUUCUACAAUGAUGGAAAGAAAGUGGAGCAAGUGUUUGUACUAACUACAGCAAUUGAAGUCCUGGAUGACUGCUCUACUAAUUGCAAUGGGAAUGGAGAAUGUAUCUCGGGGCACUGCCACUGUUUCCCAGGAUUUCUUGGUCCUGAUUGUGCAAAAGAUUCCUGUCCAGUGCUGUGCAGUGGAAAUGGAGAAUACGAGAAAGGUCACUGUGUGUGUCGAAAUGGGUGGAAAGGACCAGAGUGUGAUGUGCCAGAGGAGCAGUGUAUUGAUCCCACCUGCUUUGGCCACGGCACCUGUAUCAUGGGCGUCUGCAUCUGCGUCCCUGGAUAUAAAGGAGAGAUUUGUGAGGAAGAAGACUGCUUGGAUCCAAUGUGCUCCGGCCAUGGUGUGUGUGUUCAAGGGGAAUGCCACUGCUCCACCGGCUGGGGUGGGGUGAACUGUGAGACAUCACUUCCCGUGUGCCAGGAGCAGUGCUCAGGGCAUGGGACUUUCCUCCUGGACACAGGACUCUGCAGCUGUGAACCACAAUGGACGGGUCCAGACUGUUCAACAGAGCUGUGUACACUGGACUGUGGCAGCCACGGUGUCUGUUCCAGAGGCAUAUGCCAGUGUGAAGAGGGUUGGGUGGGACCGACCUGUGAAGAACGUACCUGCCACGCUCACUGUGCUGAACACGGCCAGUGCAAGGAUGGGAAGUGUGAGUGCAGCCCUGGAUGGGAAGGGGACCACUGCACCAUCGCUCACUACUUAGAUGCUGUUCGAGAUGGCUGCCCAGGUCUCUGUUAUGGAAAUGGGAGGUGCACUCUUGAUCAAAACGGAUGGCACUGUGUUUGUCAAGUGGGCUGGAGUGGCUCAGGAUGUAACGUUGUCAUGGAAAUGGUGUGUGGAGAUAACCUGGACAAUGAUGGAGAUGGCUUGACAGACUGUGUAGACCCUGACUGCUGUCAGCAAAGCAAUUGUUAUGCCAGUCCUCUCUGCCAGGGUUCACCUGAUCCCCUUGACCUUAUUCAGCACAGCCAACCACCAUUCUCUCAGCAUCCUCCAAGGCUCUUUUAUGAUCGAAUUAAAUUCCUUAUAGGGAAAGAAAGCACUCAUGUCAUCCCAGGAGACAUCUCCUUUGAAAGCAGACGGGCGUGUGUCAUUCGAGGCCAGGUGGUAGCAGUAGAUGGAACACCACUGGUUGGAGUGAACGUCAGUUUUCUGCACCACAAUGAGUAUGGAUACACCAUCAGUCGACAAGAUGGAAGUUUUGACCUUGUGGCUGUUGGAGGCAUUUCUGUCACUCUGGUUUUUGACAGAUCUCCUUUCAUAUCUGAAAAAAGAACACUUUGGUUGCCUUGGAAUAGAUUUAUCAUCAUAGACAAAGUUGUAAUGCAAAGAACAGAGUCAGACACACCGUCUUGUGACAUGAGUAGUUUCAUCAGCCCAAAUCCAAUUGUACUUCCUUCACCAUUGACAGCAUUUGGAGGGUCCUGCCCAGAACGAGGAACCAUUAUUCCAGAGCUACAGGUGGUCCAAGAGGAAAUCCCAAUCCCUUCAAGUUUUGUGAGGCUGAGUUAUCUCAGCAGUCGAACGCCAGGGUAUAAAACUUUACUGCGCAUUAUUUUGACACACACAACCAUCCCUUCUGGAAUGACAAAAGUCCAUCUGAUAGUUGCUGUUGAAGGACGUCUGCUUCAGAAAUGGUUUCCUGCUGCAGCCAAUUUGGUGUACACAUUUGCCUGGAAUAAGACAGAUAUAUAUGGACAGAAGGUUUCUGGACUAGCUGAGGCAAUGGUGUCAGUGGGAUAUGAAUAUGAAACAUGUCCUGAUUUUAUUCUGUGGGAGAAGAGAACAGUAAUCCUUCAAGGCUUUGAAAUGGAUGCUUCAAAUCUGGGAGGCUGGUCUAUAAACAAACACCAUGUACUAAAUCCACAAAGCGGAAUUUUACACAAAGGAAAUGGUGAAAACCUCUUCAUUUCCCAGCAGCCACCAGUCAUCUCAACUGUGAUGGGCAAUGGGCAUCAGAGAAGUGUCUCUUGCUCCAACUGCAAUGGUCUCGCACUCAACAGCAAGCUCUUUGCCCCAGUUGCUCUUGCGUCUGGACCUGAUGGUAGUGUGUAUGUUGGUGACUUCAAUUUUGUCAGACGAAUCUUUCCCUCUGGAAGCUCGAUUGGUAUAUUAGAAUUAAGGAAUAGAGACACAAGACACAGUACAAGCCCUGCACAUAAAUAUUACUUGGCUGUUGAUCCAGUGUCAGAAUCCCUUUACCUCUCAGAUACCAACACUAGAAAAGUCUACAAAGCAAAAUCUAUCAUUGAAACAAAGGAUCUGGCCAAAAAUGCAGAUGUGGUGGCUGGAACAGGGGAUCAGUGCCUUCCAUUUGACCAGAGUCACUGUGGAGAUGGUGGAAAGGCAUCUGAGGCAUCUCUCAACAGUCCAAGAGGUAUCACUGUAGAUAAGCAUGGAUUUAUUUACUUUGUUGAUGGCACCAUGAUUCGGAAGAUCGAUGAGAAUGGUGUGAUCACAACAAUAAUAGGAUCAAACGGCCUCACAUCAACCCAGCCUCUGAGCUGUGACUCUGGAAUGGACAUCACUCAGGUGCGAUUAGAGUGGCCAACAGACCUCACAGUGAACCCCCUGGACAAUUCACUCUACGUCCUGGACAACAACAUCGUCCUGCAGAUCUCCGAGAGCAGGCGCGUGCGAAUUAUUGCAGGGCGCCCCAUCCACUGCCAGGUGCCAGGCAUUGACCACUUCAUCGUCAGCAAGGUGGCCAUCCACUCGACCCUGGAGUCGGCCAGGGCCAUCGCUGUGUCUCACAGCGGCAUACUCUACAUUGCAGAGACAGAUGAAAGAAAGAUCAACCGGAUACAACAGGUCACAACCAACGGUGAGAUCUCUGUAAUCGCUGGAGCCCCGUCAGAUUGUGACUGCAAGAUUGAUCCUAAUUGUGACUGUUUUGCAGGUGAUGGUGGAUAUGCCAAAGAUGCAAAGCUGAAAGCACCUUCUUCUCUAGCAGUCUCUCCUGACGACACACUGUAUGUAGCAGACCUUGGCAACGUUCGCAUCCGUGCAGUCAGCCGCAACAAGGCUCACCUCAGUGACACGAAUAUGUAUGAGAUUGCAUCGCCAGCAGACCAGGAACUGUAUCAGUUCACCAUCAAUGGCACCCACCUCCACACACUGAACCUCAUCACGAGGGACUACAUUUACAACUUCACCUACAGCGGGGAAGGAGAUAUUGGCACCAUCACCAGCAGCAAUGGGAAUUCAGUUCACAUCCGCAGAGACACAAGUGGGCUACCCCUCUGGGUCGUGGUGCCAGGGGGCCAAGUAUACUGGCUGACAAUAAGCAGCAACGGGGUUCUGAAAAGAGUUUAUGCCCAAGGCUACAACCUGGCUCUGAUGACAUACCCUGGAAACACGGGGCUUUUAGCAACCAAAAGCGACGAAAACGGAUGGACGACCGUGUAUGAGUAUGACUCUGAUGGCCAUCUGACCAAUGCCACCUUCCCAACUGGGGAAGUCAGCAGUUUCCACAGCGAUGUUGAAAAACUAACACGAGUGGAACUUGACACUUCAAACAGAGAGAAUGUGAUCACAGCUACAAACUUCUCAGCUACCUCUACAAUAUAUACUUUAAAACAAGAUAACACACAGAAUAUCUACCGGGUCAGCCCAGACGGGUCACUGAGAGUCACUUUUGCCAGUGGAAUGGAAAUCACACUUAACACAGAGCCUCAUAUUCUAGCAGGAGUUGUCAGCCCCACUUUAGGAAAGUGCAAUAUCUCCCUUCCUGGAGAGCAUAACUCAAAUCUCAUUGAAUGGAGGCAAAGGAGGGAGCAGACCAAAGGCAAUAUCUCCACGUUUGAGAGAAGGCUAAGGGCCCACAACAGAAACCUGCUCUCCAUCGAUUUUGAUCACGUAACAAGAACAGGAAAGAUUUAUGAUGAUCAUCGCAAAUUCACUCUCCGGAUUAUGUAUGACCAGACAGGACGCCCAAUUUUAUGGUCACCCAUCAGCAAGUACAAUGAGGUCAACAUCACCUAUUCACACUCUGGCUUAGUCACCUAUAUCCAAAGAGGAACCUGGACUGAGAAAAUGGAGUAUGAUCCAAGUGGGAACAUCAUUUCCAGAACAUGGGCAGAUGGUAAAAUAUGGAGCUACACAUAUUUAGAAAAGUCCGUGAUGCUCCUGUUGCACAGCCAGCGCCGCUACAUCUUUGAGUACGACCAGUCUGACUACCUGCUCUCGGUCACCAUGCCCAGCAUGGUGCGCCAUGCCUUGCAGACCAUGCUGUCCGUCGGCUACUACCGCAACAUCUACACCCCUCCAGACAGCAACGCGGCCUUCAUCCAGGACGUCACCAGAGACGGACGGCUCCUGCAAACAUUGUAUCCUGGGACAGGACGCAGAGUUCUUUACAAGUACACCAAACAGUCACGGCUCUCUGAGAUCCUUUAUGAUACCACUCAAGUCACAUUCACCUAUGAGGAAUCUUCUGGGGUUAUUAAAACAAUACACUUAAUGCACGAUGGCUUCAUCUGUACCAUCAGAUACAGGCAAACAGGUCCACUUAUUGGUCGACAGAUUUUCAGGUUUAGUGAAGAAGGGCUCGUAAAUGCCAGGUUUGACUACAGCUAUAACAACUUCCGUGUCACCAGCAUGCAGGCCAUGAUCAACGAGACGCCUCUGCCCAUUGAUCUGUACCGCUACGUCGAUGUUUCUGGCAGGACUGAGCAAUUCGGCAAAUUUAGUGUCAUUAAUUAUGAUUUAAACCAAGUUAUAACCACCACUGUGAUGAAACAUACCAAAAUCUUCAGCGCAAAUGGUCAGGUGAUUGAAGUACAGUAUGAAAUUCUCAAGUCCAUCGCUUACUGGAUGACCAUCCAGUAUGAUAACAUGGGUCGUAUGGUGAUCUGUGACAUUCGUGUAGGUGUAGACGCCAACAUAACGAGGUAUUUUUAUGAAUAUGAUGCUGAUGGCCAACUUCAGACUGUGUCUGUGAAUGACAAGACCCAGUGGCGCUACAGCUAUGACCUUAAUGGCAACAUCAACUUGCUGAGCCAUGGAAACAGUGCACGCCUCACUCCUCUGAGAUAUGAUCUGAGAGAUCGCAUUACCAGGCUUGGAGAAAUUCAAUAUAAAAUGGAUGAAGAUGGUUUUCUCAGGCAAAGAGGCAAUGAGAUCUUUGAGUACAACUCUAAUGGUCUGCUGAGCAGAGCGUACAACAAAGUAUCUGGCUGGACUGUGCAAUACUGUUACGAUGGUCUUGGAAGACGAGUUGCAAGCAAGUCAAGCCUAGGGCAACACUUGCAGUUCUUCUAUGCUGAUCUCUCCAACCCAAUAAGAGUUACUCACCUGUACAACCAUACUAGCUCAGAAAUAACAUCUCUAUAUUAUGAUCUUCAAGGCCAUCUCAUUGCAAUGGAAUUAAGCAGUGGAGAAGAAUAUUAUGUUGCUUGUGAUAACACAGGAACACCUCUAGCUAUAUUUAGCAGUCGGGGUCAAGUCAUAAAAGAAAUUUUGUACACUCCAUACGGCGAGAUCUACCAGGACACUAAUCCUGAUUUUGAGGUUAUCAUUGGAUUUCAUGGAGGGCUUUACGAUUCUCUCACUAAAUUAGUUCACCUGGGUCAACGGGACUACGAUGUCAUUGCUGGUCGGUGGACAACACCAAAUCACCAUAUAUGGAAACACCUGAAUGCAGUCCCACAACCAUUUAAUCUCUACUCAUUUGAAAAUAAUUACCCAGUUGGCAGGAUCCAGGACGUUGCUAAGUAUACAACAGACAUUGGAAGUUGGCUAGAGCUGUUUGGUUUCCAGCUGCAUAAUGUGCUACCUGGAUUCCCAAAACCAGAGAUAGAAGCUUUGGAGACAACAUAUGAACUUUUACAGCUUCAAACAAAAACCCAAGAGUGGGAUCCUGGAAAGACUGUCCUUGGUAUUCAGUGUGAGCUACAAAAGCAACUCCGGAACUUUAUAUCCUUGGAUCAACUUCCUAUGACACCAAGGUAUAGUGAUGGCAAGUGCUAUGAGGGAGUGAAGCAGUCAAGAUUUGCAGCAGUUCCUUCAGUAUUUGGAAAAGGCAUCAAGUUUGCUAUAAAGGAUGGUAUAGUGACAGCUGACAUUAUAGGUGUGGCUAAUGAGGACAGCCGGCGUAUUGCUGCCAUCCUCAACAACGCUCACUAUCUGGAGAACCUGCACUUCACCAUCGAUGGUCGCGACACACAUUACUUCAUCAAGCUGGGGUCUUUGGAAGAGGAUUUGGCCUUAAUCGGCAGCACAGGAGGACGACGGAUCUUGGAGAACGGUGUCAACGUCACGGUGUCACAGAUGACUUCUGUGAUCAAUGGGAGGACUAGACGCUUUGCUGACAUCCAGCUCCAGCACGGUGCACUCUGCUUCAACGUUCGCUAUGGAACAACGGUGGAAGAAGAGAAAAACCACGUGUUGGAAAUAGCCAGGCAGAGAGCCGUGGCCCAGGCCUGGACUAAGGAGCAGAGACGACUUCAGGAAGGGGAAGAAGGCAUUAGGGCAUGGACAGAUGGAGAGAAACAGCAGCUUUUAAGCACUGGGCGAGUACAAGGCUACGAUGGAUAUUUUGUUUUAUCAGUGGAGCAGUAUCUUGAACUUUCUGACAGUGCCAACAAUAUUCACUUUAUGAGACAGAGUGAAAUAGGCAGAAGGUAACAAAGAAAAUCUCUGCCUUUGCGUCACCAAAGACUGCCUGUUUUUAAACGUCAAAUGGUUUAUUGUAUUGGUUUUUCUAGAUCAGAACUCUGUAUAUAUAAAUAUAGCAGAAAAAAACAUAUCCAACUGCCUUUAAAUGUGACAGAAGAUGGUAUUUUAAUAUCGUUCGUUUAACUCUUUGAGACAUGACAGUGACGAUUUUUAGUUCUCGUGUGGCAGUAUUCAAAAACUCCAGAGGCAGAGUCCUGAUGCUGAGCAGCGCGACCUGCGCGCCCGGCACCCGGGGGGACACCGCACAUCCCCCUGGGGUCAGGGAAAGCACAGCUGCUCUGCCGCCUUCUAAAGAAACACAACUUUUUUGUUGUUGUUGAUUUAAUAAUUCACCAGUUGUUUAAAAGGUUACAGAGCCUGAUUCUGCAACCCCUACUUACUGGGUAGUUUUUAGCCUGGUGAGAUCUCCCAUAAGUUCAAGGGAUGGCAUAUAGAAACCAGACUGUGUAUGGAAACUUCAUAGUUGCUCACCAACCCCGCACAUGUCAUUCCUCAUGGCUAUGGUCCAAGGGAUUUUCUAACCUGGGAAACCUGACUUCUGUUGGAUACAGUAAGUAAAAGCCUGCCAAACGGCCUUUAGCUUUACUCAGCUGUAGCCACCUCUCAGUGAUGAACACCACAUUGCCUCUGCUUUAGCAUGUGAGGGCCUCUCUCCCAAGGUUUCUCUGUUGAUGGGUUAUGCUGGAGUCCAGCAGCACACGUAGAGCUGCCCAUCUUCCUGGCAGAAGGGUGCAAGGGUGGCAGUGCGUUGCUGCGCUUCAGCCAAGCAUCGGGUGGCCAGAGAAGGACUUUGUGAGCACUGUGGUCAACAGGAACCUCCCCACUGGCAGUGUGUUACAAACCGGGCUUUAACUUGGUGCUUUUGGGACAAUCCUGGUCACCUAGCUGGAAGGGCAGGCUCAGAUCUGUCUGUAGUCAAUGGGGCCAGGACUUGUCUUCUCAUAGAUCAUUUGGAAAUCACAGUGUUGUUGGGCUUAGGCAUUGCCUUCUUUUCAUCUCAAAUGAAUAAUCCUGUUGUAUUAUGCAUCUUUUUGAAUCUGAAGAAAAUUAGUAGGUUGGGAGUUGAUGAACCUGAGUGUGGAUAGUAAAUAUGUUGAUAACCAUAGAACAUUUUGGGGAUGACUCUUCACUUUUCAGCUCAAUUAUCUAGAGCACAUAGAAAAGCAUUAUAUUGCAUGGACAGAAGAUUUUAUUUCCCAAGGUAUCAUGUGCUUCUGGCACGGUUAUUUCAUAGCAGAGUAGGUGAUUCUUCUUUCAGCUUGUCAUUUCCAAAAGACCCGGUUUCUCAGAGGUGGGGAGGGCACGUAGGGAGGGACAAGUAAGCAGAUUUCCGUUGCUGACUUUCAGAGGGAGCUAGAAGGUCUUGUUAUAGAGCCUGUGUAUCUGUACAGUGAUGUUAUUGCACAUUUCUUUCAAGACAGACAUAGUAAAUAUAUUGAAACAAUUUCUGCUCAUAUUUCCUGAAGCCAACAAAGUGCUUUCUUUGUCUUUCUCCCUUUCUUUCCAAUUUUCUUUUUUUUUCCCUUGUUUUUGGGCAAGUGGAGCAGGCUGUACCAAAGUUAGAGAUGAGCCUGAACUGGCACCUGACAUUCAGACACCUGCAGAGUUUUGACCUCGAGUCUCAGCCUCACGCCAUUAGCAUCUCUUUCCAGACUCCUUCCGCUCCACCAGGAGCCAGUGCAGCUUUGAGGGUGCAAGAUCAGGCCGAGUGAGAGCCUGGCCCCCUGAAACCACCCUCAACUCCCCAGCCAGGGGGGACUGUGGACCAAAAUCUGCAUGUACACAUUUUGAUUGGGCUCAUCAUUAACUAAUGUACAGAACUGGGAGCUGACAACAUCCAGGUUGGAGAGCUCUGAUUUCUGUAAUUUUCCAUGCAAUCACAGAGAAUUUGAAUACCUCCACACCAGCCUAAAAAUGGACCUUCAACUCCUUGAGCCUCUAAUAUGCUUUUAAUCAAUGGAAGAAUAAUUUAUGAGUUGUAUAUAGAGAGUGCAUUCAUAAACGUGAUGAUGUAUUUUAUCACUGAUCCAAGAUGUCAA